GGCGGUGGGCGGGACGGAAGUGACGUAUGGGACUUCCGGCGUGCGUGGGCGGGGCUCCGGGUCUCUUUCCCGGGAUCUCUGCAGCCAGCAUGGAAGCAAAGACUCUUGGAAGUGCAACGCCCAGAAAACCUGUCUUAUCUGUCAGUGCAAGGAAAAUUAAGGACAAUGCAGCUGAUUGGCAUAAUUUAAUCCUGAAAUGGGAAACCCUCAAUGAUGGAGGUUUUGCUACUGCAAAUAAUAUUGCCAACCUGAAAAUCAGUUUAUUGAGCAAAGACACGAUAGGAUUAGAGAGCAGCAGCCUGGCUUCUGAUGAAAAUGCAGAAAAGGAGCACCCAGAAUACAGCAGGGAGCUCGAGAUGCUGUGCGAGGGGCUGCAGACCACCCUGGAUGCUUUGGCCAAAAUACAGAUGAAAAUGGAAAAGCUGUCUUCCACUACCAAGGGGAUUUGUGAACUAGAAGAUUACCAUUAUGGGGAGGAGAGAAAACGGCCCCCCCUGUUCCACACGUGGCCCACAGCCUAUUUUUACGAGGUCUCCCGCAAGCUCUCUGACAUGUACGGCCGGGAGCUCCGCCUGAAGCGCACCAUCGUGGAGCAGCUGGCGCACACGGCCGACCGUGACCUGGCCCUGAGCUACCUGUCCAUGUGGCUGCACCAGCCCUACGUGGAGGGCGACAGCAGGCUGCUUCUGGAAAGCAUGCUGCUUGAAACCGGGCACCGAGCGCUGUGACCUCCCAGUGCGGCUCCGCGCUCCUCCGGGCUCUGGACCUCAGCUUCUGCAGCUCCCACGGCGGACUGUCUUUCGGGUGGGCCCUGUGCCGCACCCUGAUCACGCCCCUGCCGCACCCCGGGAUCACGGCCCCUGCCUUACGCCGGGGUCACGGCCCCUGCCGCACCCCGGGAUCACGGCCCCUGCCACACCCCGGGAUCAUGGCCCCUGCCUCACCCCAAUCACAGCCCCUGCCUUAUGCCGGGGUCACGGCCCCUGCCGCACCCCGGGAUCACGCCCCUGCCGCACCCCGGGAUCAUGGCCCCUGCCUCACCCCAAUCACGGCCCCUGCCUUAUGCCGGGGUCACAGCCCCUGCCGCACCCCGGGAUCAUGGCCCCUGCCGCACCCCGGGAUCACAGCCCCUGCCUCACCCCAAUCACGGCCCCUGCCGCACCCCGGGGUCACGGCCCCUGUCGCAACCUGGGAUCUCACCUGUGCUCUGGCUCAGCCACCCACUGACCUUAGGAUCUUCCAGACCUGAUCAUUUCACCAGCUCUCUGCGGUUAUCGCUGCUGCCUGCCGUCCACCACUCAGCGUCAUCUGCACCUACUGUGAAUUUGUCACUAUGAAGACUUCUGCCCGAAAUAAAUGAAUUCCUCAACA